CGGUUCGUAACUCCACAAACACACCACCAAACUUCGGCUCUCUGCUCUGAACUGGGUUAAAUGUCGCGUCGCGAAUGUGCAAAGUCACCCUUCCUAAGUAUCUCUACGAUUGUAUAACUAGAAAGACUUAUAGUCACGUUUCGACUGCGGUUGUGACUUAAAAAUGGGGGGAAAGACGGAAAACGAGCAAGAGGCUGUCAAAUACUACCGACUGUCAGAGAUCGAGGAGCAGAAUACCUUCAAAUCAACAUGGAUUAUCAUCAACAAUAAUGUGUACGAUGUCACCAAGUUUCUGGAGGAGCACCCUGGGGGUGAGGAGGUUCUGAGGGAGCAGGCGGGCGGGGACGCCACCGAGAGCUUCGAGGACGUUGGCCAUUCGACCGACGCCAGGGAAAUGGCGGCCGACAUGAAGAUUGGAGAGCUGCACCCGGAGGACAGAGAAAAGAUCGUUAAACCACAGGACCCAUAUCUGAACGUAGCCACCGUGCAAACGAGUUCCUGGACUAGCUGGUUGAUCCCCCUCCUGGCGGCACUGGCUGCCACCCUGCUGUACCGCACGUGUACCGCAGAGCAGCAGUGACCUCACGUACGCCCCAAUCACCAACUGAAUGGGUACAUUCCACAGUCCGUCCGUCCCCGUCCCCCUGAACCAAGAUGGCCGCUAUCUGGAGAUGGGACCAUGUGCUUUAUUGAACACAGCGCCGCCAUGCAAGAGAAGUAAUGAUAUUCAUUGCCGGCUAUGUGAUUUGAUCAGGACAUUUUUCGAGCGUAGAAAUAGAGUUUCUAGAGGUUGGAUGAAGUUGUUUUCAUGGGAUUUGCGGUGGGAAGAUGCAAUGCACAAGAUGAGGAAGAUGUUCCUAUUCUAGGGUAAUUUCCAAGCUUAAUCAUGUAGAAACCACUGUAUUAUGACGUUGUAAAAUUUCACCCAUUUAUUAUCAUUUCAUGACUUAAAUAUGAAUGUCCUUUUUUAAUUCAAGAUUCUCAAGCAAUGCAAUGCAUCUAUAAUUUUCUACCAAUAUGUAUGUGUUUUUUGACACUAUUAAAAAAUGCAAUCUUCAACAAA